AUGCGCAAUCCCGUGGCGUGUGUGUCCUGUCGUUGCGCCAAACAAAAGUGCAUCCACAGCGAUGUGCCCCCGUGCGAUCGUUGCCGGCAGAGCGGGCGGGCAGAACAGUGUCAGUUCCCAGCCCCGGGCACGAGUGCCAUCCAUCGCAAGCCCAAACGUCCACGGCCACUGUCAGAGAGCGGAGGAGACACGCCACGCCCAUCACAGCUGCCGACCCACGUAUCCAACCACCCAACCAAGCAGGCGACGACGACGACGACGACGACGACGAUUGCGACAACAGUAGCAGCAACAGUAGCGCCCCACGACGCCCUAUAUCGCCGCAAUGACGCAGCUCUGCCGACCGGCCUCAGUCCCAGUGCCGCUGCCUACGCGCUUUCGCCGAACGCGGCAUUGUCGCCCCAGCAGCAUCAUCUGCUGCUCGACGGCGUGGAUCCCUUUGACCUGUUGACGGACGAGGUCAAGAACAGCUAUCUGCGCUGCUCCUACAAAUGGAGCUUCCACCAUACCCCGACCCUGUUGCUGCGCAUACGCGACCGCACGCUCGAGCCAUGGAUGGUCUGGGCUAUGCUCGCGCUGGCCAUACGAUUCGUCAGCGAACCCCCCGCCCCUUUUGCCUCCCAGACCGAGGCCAGCAAUGCCUACGCCGCCCACGCCCGCCGUAUCCUGCAAUCCGACCUGGAGACGCCCUCCAUCAGCCGCGUGCAGGCCCUCUUGAUGUUGACGGGCCAUGACUGGGGCGCGGGCAAUGGUCGGAGGGCCUGGAUCUACUUGGGCAUGGCUAUCCGCCUGGUCGAGGUCAUGAACUUGACGCAGGAGCCCAAGCCGCCGCGCAACCGGGCCCCUACGCGCGAGGAAUUUAUCGAGGCUGAAGUGCGUCGCCGGACUGCCUGGACCUGCUUCCUCAUGGACUCGCUCCUCAGUGGCGGCAGGGGCCGCAAGAGGUCCCUCACGGCUGCCGACAUGUCCAUCCAGCUGCCCUGCGAGAGGGAGAACUUUGUGUUUGGAGAGCCCAUUUGCACAGAGCAGCUGGACCGAUCCACGCGCUUGCCUCAGGUCGCGCUGCCCAUGGGCCAGAUUGGCAUUAUUGGCUACAGCAUGCGCGCGGCCAACAUUUGGGGCAAGGUUGCGCGCUGGGCCUGCUCCGAGGACUUCAAAACGGAGCUCCCAUGGUCUUCUGCCUCGCAAUUCCAGCAGCUCAUACAUGAACUCGAAGGCUGGAAGCACUCGCUACCACAACGGCUGCAGUACGACCUCUUCACGCUGCACAGCCACAACGCUUGCGAUCAGGGCCAGGCAUACUGCUACAUGCACUGCAUCUACUUUAUGAGCUACAUGUUCCUCCACCGCGCCUAUUUGCCCGUGCUGGGGCCGCAACUCAAUGGCGCCAUUGCCGAAGAGACGCCUGACUCGUAUGACGAACACCGACAAAUGUGGAGAGAUUGGCAAAAGUCUUCACGCAGAAAUCUGCUCAAGGACUCGGCCAUGGUCUUGGAGAUGCUCGAGGAAAUGCGUACAUUUGGUGUUUAUUUCCUCCGCGGCCUGGUCCCUUGGAUCGGAUUCACGAUAUAUACCGCCGUCGGUGUCAUGCUGUAUUCCUUCAAUCUCAGCAGUAGCGACGAUGAACCUCACUGGCGGGAAAAGGCAAGAGAGUGCGUAGUCCAAGGCUGUGCUUUUUUGCGCGAGAUGAAGACGCAAUGGCCCAUGGCCGCAACAUGGUUUGAAACAAUCAAGCGCAUGCAGGCGUACUAUCGCUCUGUCCUGGGUCAAGACGCUCCUGCUUCUCCAGAGGAACGCCAGGCUCUACGACGUGCCAUGAUUGACUAUGGCGCUCUGCAGCCUUCGCCGGUGCAGAAGCCCAAUGAUUCGACCAAGGAGCAGGACCAGGGAGUGGUCUCUGCCAGCCUGCAGUCCACACAGCAGCCCGAGCAGCAGCAAGCCGGGAAUCCCAAGUACGCUUAUCAAUCGCUCACGAGCCCUCCAACAACAGCCCCUUCGCCCAAUACUCACUCAACAAGCUACCCCUGGACUUCGCCCAACGCGAUACCCCCGUUAGAGGCCGACGAUGCAUUCAACAUGGAUCACUUUGACCUGUCAAAUGCAGAACUGGACGAGAUGAUUACGAAUGCAACCCAGGACUUUUGGGCGAGCUUUCCUGGCGAAGUUGGAGUCGGGCGUCCCGAUCUUCCCGCGGUGCUCCCCCUUCCGUUGCCCAGCAAUCUGAUCGUCUUGCGACGGUCCAUCGAGGAUACAGCGUUAGCCGCAUCCAUCCGCUUCCGCAGCACACGUCGACACUGGCAGCUGGCUGCGUAUCUGCGGCUGAGCCAAGACAUCUGGUACGUUCGGCUCCAGGAGGCUGGCCUUAAUACAACGCUUGUAUCGACAUCGGGUUGGUCUUGUAAGCCGCAAAGUUCAUGCUUCCAGGUGCAAAUCCCGCCGAACCUAACAUUGCAAGACAUUGCACCAAUCCUACUCAACACCGCGCUUCGUUCGAGACUCCUACGCAACAUGGGGGUCUACUACGAGACCAUUCCCGACUCGCUCGUCCCAUGGAUCAAAGAACAGCAAAUGCUCUGGGUCGGGACCGCACCUCUCUCUGGCGAUGGCCACAUCAACAUCUCCCCCAAAGGCGGGCAGAAUUUCGGCAUCGUCGACUCACGGACAUUUUGGUACAUGGACCUUACCGGUAGCGGUGUAGAAACCCACGCCCACCUCCACGAACCGGGCAAUGGUCGCAUCUGCGUCAUGUUCAUGGCCUUUGACGGCCCACCCCGGAUCGUCCGCAUCUGGGGCGACGGCCGGCCGAUUGAGAACGGCUCGCCGGAAUGGGAGCCCUUCAUCGCCAAACACAAAGUCACCGUCAUCCCGGGUGCGCGCUCCAUCAUCCUCGUUAACGUCCACCAAUGCGGCACCUCCUGCGGCUUCUCCGUGCCCCUCUACGAAUUCAAGGGCCACCGCGACAUCCUCAACUCCUUCUUCCGCAACAAAGAGGCCAAAUUCCUCGCCGGCAACGAGGCAGAGAAUAUGGAUUACUACUGGGCUUACAAGUCCCAGCUCAGCAUCGAUGGCUUGCCCGGCAUGAAGCGUGGCUACGAGUUUGCGCAGAAACACGGCAUCAAGCCGCUCAAGAAGAUGGUGGGCGCUUAUGCCCCCGGCUCCCAGCGCUCGAAGAAGAAUGCCAAUCCCGACCCGAUGCAGCUGAUGCUGGUGCUGCUGCUGGGCAUUGUGAUUGGUGGGGCGAUGGCGCUGAGUGUGGUGACGCCUGAGAGAUUGCAGAUGUUGAGCGAGAAGGGGAGGGUGGUUUGA